AUGCAUAAAGAUUCUGUUGUUGUUACUCCGUUGGCAGAUACUCCGUUUGGGUGCUCGAUCCAACUUCCGACUUAUUGUAACAACGACCCUGCUUAUUUGAACGAUGAGGACUUCAAGAUCUUGAAGGACGCCGUUUUUACCCACUUGGUUGCUAUAGUUCCAGAUCAAGCAGAGUUGGCGCCUAAAUCGCAAUACAUUUUAACCAAACGCUUCGACCCAGCAAUUCCCGAGGCAAAGGAAGGCGCCGGAGCUAAUUACGGCCACGGUAAGGAGUUUAGGCACGACCAGUCGGUUUUGAAGAAGGACGGCUGUUCAGUGAAAGACCAGCCACAGGUGCAAAUUUUGGGUCAAGGCAAAUUUGCUGCUGACGAGCCAGGGAAUGAAAACGGCGAAGACAUUAGCUUGACGCACCCAUCCCACACGACAUUCCACCACGACCCAUUGACCGAAGAGCAAAUCAAAGAAGGUAAACAGACGAGAUUCUACAGAUGGCACAUUGACAGUGCCUUGUACGACUUGUCCCCACCAAUGGUCACCACCCUCUUGGGGAUCAAAGUGCCGCCUGCAACCCAAUAUCAAACCAUCAAGUACGAAGAUGACGGCUCCGAAUUGAAGUUGACUCAAGGGGCCACUUGUUUUGUUAGCGGCGCACAAGCGUUCCAGAACUUGAGCGAAGAAGACAAGGACUUUGUCUUGAACACCACCGUUGAAUAUGCGCCACACCCAUACAUUUUUAUCUCGCCAGCUCGCGCUACCCCCGACGGAUUGACCAUGGUUUCCGAAGGCAAGGAGAGGAGCCUUGACGACUUGCCCGAAUGGGAGGAGCUGAAGGUUAAAAAGUUGCCAAUGGUGUGGACCAACCCUGUUACCAAACAGCACCAUUUCCAAACGCACGGCUGCUGCUUGUUCAAACUUCACACCAAGAACAAAGACGGGAAAAUCACCACUUUGGGAUUGAAGGAAGCAAGAGAAAAAGUCCACAAGUUGAUGAGACCAGCUAUUGCGCCAAAGAACGUCUUGGCCCAUUCCUGGAAACAAGGAGACUUGGUCUUGUUCUUCAACCGCGGUGUUUGGCACUCGGUCACGGGCGAGUUCAAGGGACAAGGGAAAGAAGGACAGGACGAGAGGAGAUUGAUGCACCAAUGCAACAUUGCCAGUACAUUGGAUCCCGUCACUGUGGCUUAA